UCAAACAUAGAUAAAGUCAAAGGAAAGUGCGUGGAAUCUAAUCGGAUCUCAAUUUGAUAAAUCAGUCGCACUUUAAUUUAGCAGUAAACCUGACCAAACUAGCAUAGCAUCUUGUGUGGGGAGCUUCAUUUGCUAUUAUUCUAUAGAACAGGAUGAGCGAUCAACAGCGAGAUCAACAAUCGCAACAGAGGCAAACUGGUUUUGCCGCACUGAAGGAGCAUGUUUUGGCAAACAAACUGGAAACGACGCAAUGGGUGUCCCGCGUGUUAACCAUCUACUUUGCGCUAGGAUAUGUCUUACCGUUCCUGUACGGUAACUCCGUUAAUGCCUACUACAAAGUGCUGAUGGCAAAUGCAGCUACCAGUGCGAUACGGUUACACCAACGUCUACCUCCAUUUACGCUGUCCCGUGCCUAUCUGCAGCAAACGAUGCUAGAGGACUCGUUUCACUAUCUGCUGUUUUCUUUGAUAUUCCUCUACGUAUACCCGUUAUUAGUGAUCAUUCUGCCCGUCAUCCUUUUCUCGCUGCUUCAUUCCACGAGCUAUUCCUUGACUCUACUCGACACACUGGGGCAAAAUUCUUGGUGGGGAGCCCGUUUGUUGAUUUCAGUGGUUGAGUUCCAGACGCGCAACAUUCUUAGGCUUGCCGCCUGCAGUGAGAUUUUGAUUAUGCCAAUAACUGUGCUGCUUGUGUUUUUUGGCAAAGCCGGCAUCAUGACACCGCUGGUGUACUAUCAAUUUUUGGUAAUGCGCUAUUCGUCCCGGCGCAAUCCCUACACGCGAAACAUGUUCUACGAGUUCCGAUUGGUGGCGGAGAAUUUUGCCAAUGGCGCAAGCACACCACCGGUUUUGCGUAAAGGUCUGCACGCUGCGAUCGGUUUCAUCAGCCGGUUAGCACCACCUACGGUAGUGCAGCCGCAACAACAGGGACAGUAAUCGUAGGAACAAAGCAUGAUUAUUCAUUUUUUGUAUGUUGUUUUGCACGUACCACCACCACCACCCACCCAUACACCCCGCCACCCGUCGUAUAGAUACAUUUGCACGCACGCAUACCGAACAACCAUACCGUUACGCUCCUGGAUGGAUUUAUGUUCUUUUCAGGGAAAGCUGCAACUCUAUGCUUUCCCCUUUUGGUCAACAAAUAGUGUGUACUGGGGUUGUGUUGCUGCCCUAACAUGAUUCCAGGGUUUUUACCUUCACCUUCAGGACUACGCGUUAGUUAUUAAUGGUGUUAAAGCGUCUAUAAAAUCAGUCAUCUACAUCCCUACGUGUAGCUCUUUGGUUCAUUUUAUUUUACGUCCCCCUCCCCCCACACAUUUUACUAUAUGUUUGUAUACUAUCAGAUUGCCGUUUGUUAAUUAAUAUGUUGAGGGUGAAUGAAUGCGUAAAUGCUGCGGAAAUGGAAAUAAAAUUCGUCACAAAAUGAGGGUAAAA